AUGAUCGAAAACCCUGAACAUAAAAUGGUUCACCUGAAAAAAACUUUAUCUUACGAACUUGGAAUUGGUCAAUCGACAAUUUAUAACACCAUAUUGGAGUAUCAACGGACAAAAACUGUUUCUUCGCCAAACAAAACGAAAGUCCGAAAACAACUGACCGAAAAAGUAGACGAGUUUGACAAGUAUGGUAUCAGAAGAAAAGUCCAUCAAUUUUGGCACGAUCGUGAUACGCCUACGUUAGACAAGAUUCUUGUGUCUGUCAAUGAAGAUAAAGGUCUACCAAAUUUUUCUCGAACAUCAUUAUUCAGAUUGUUGAAAUCUAUGGAUUUCGUAUAUAUGAAGCGAGGUCGUAAUAGUGAUGAAACGUUGGUAAACGCCGGAGAUGUUAAUAGCAAAGUAUGGGUCGACAAAACUGUAACGUCAGCUCGAGUGGCAUCUUCCGAGGGACUUUCGACUGGAGCAAUAAACCCUACUGGCAAGGGGAAACGUUUAAUUGUUAGCCACAUCGGUUCCGAAGAUGGAUUUGUUCCCGGAGGCCUUUUGUGCUUUGAGUCAAAGAAAAACACCCAAGACUAUCACGAUGAGAUGAACGGGGACUCUUUUCGUGAUUGGUUGGAAGGUGUUUUGCCGAAACUCAAAGACAACGCUGUCAUCGUAAUGGACAACGCUCCUUAUCAUUCGGUGAAAAUUGAAAAAUGCCCAACUACGAAUUGGAGAAAAGCUGACAUAAUUGCAUGGCUCCAGAGCAAAGGAGAGCAAGUCGACAACACAAUGCUUGUCAUAGAAUUGUUAGACCAAGUUAAAAAAUUGAAACCAUUAUAUAACAAUUAUGUCAUCGAUGAAAUGGUAAAAGCUAACAAUAAAAUUGUCCUUAGACUUCCUCCGUAUCAUUGUGAACUUAAUGCAAUUGAACUCGCAUGGGCUAUAGUUAAGAAACAUGUCAAAGAUAACAACAAAACUUUUAAAUUACAAGAUAUAAAACACUUGUUAGUUGAAGGAGUGAAUAAAGUUAGCCCUGAUAUGUGGAAAAAUUUUGUCGGUCAUGUGAUAAAGGAGGAAGAAAAAGCAUGGAGUUUGGAUAAUGUGGUCCAAGAUCUCAUGUCAGCAGAAAAUCAGCCUUGUGUUCUUACUAUUGGCCAAAGCGACACGGAUGAUGACUCGGACGACGAUGAUGAAGACUUCAGAUACCUAUCAGAUACAGACUAA